AUGUCCGAUGUAGAGGAGACUAUCAAACGAAUCCAAUCUCAGAAGGGCGUGGUUGGGGUGAUUGUUAUGGAUAGCGCAGGUAAGUUCGUUUGUUCGUUUUUAAUCUUAAAGUUUAUGUUUUCCUUUUCAAAAUUCAUACACUGGCAUUUCUUGUUUGAUUACAUAUCUUCACAUCCUCUAUUCUAAAC